AUGCGUCAACAACAAAAAACAAUAACAACAACGGCAGCAACAACGAGGUUACACAGCAAGAGCAAACGGGCUUACAUAUCAGCACAUUGGAAUUUUACGGGACACGCAUCGCUGGCAACACACGCAGCGGUGGCUGCAGAGGUGACAACAACAUUUAAGCAAACAACAAAGACGAGAUCAAUUCGGGUGAAGACACGUGACACGAGCAUUUCGGUUCAAGCAAAGAAACCGUUUCGCGGUCCAGUAGCAGGAGCGGUGGUGGAAGCAGCAACUGCAGCGGCAACAACAACGAAAACAAUAACAACAACAACAACCUGCCAUUACGUCAAUACAUUUCAUUUGGGCGGUUGUAAAGCGAAACGAAAUCAAUCCCAAAACUGUAAUCGUGAAACUUUUAAUUUCACCCACGCGUUUGUCAGUGCUGUGCUGCUCCUCUGCUGUUUUGCGUCAAAUAGUUUCGUAGCAGCAGCGGCAUUGCCGAAGGUUUCCACUGCAAGUGGCAAUGACGUGCGAGUCGCUGUUGCCGUCGGUGGUAUCGGUGUCGUUAAUGGUUUAGCUAACCGGAAAGCGGGUGCGAACACCAACAACAGCGUGGACCCCUGCGCUCUUAAGACACAACGAAAUGUUGACUGCCACGCAACGCUUCCCCACAGCGAUGACUACAAUAUCAAUGGCAAUGCUUAUCAUGUACAACAACCCAUUAUCGAAACUACAGUCGCGCUUCAGCUCAUACCAACUGCAACGCUUUUCGACACCACAACUACCGUUAAAUCUGUUGCCACCGCCAGUGAAAACAGUGAAACCGUGGCGAGCGACACCACCGCUCCACUGCUCUUCGAUGGCGCCAGCACCACUGCCAAUGUGUCCGCCGUGCAGGAGAUUGUCGAAGUGCCACAGAUUCCCGCUUACAUACGCAACACAGCCAUGUGCUUUUGCAUAGCAAUCAUGACGCUGGGUGUUAUUGGCAACAUUAUGGUGCCAAUUGUUAUUGUGAAAACCAAAGAUAUGCGCAACUCCACCAAUAUAUUCCUUACAAAUCUCAGCAUUGCCGAUCUAUUGGUGCUGCUGGUGUGCACGCCAACCGUAUUGGUCGAGGUAAAUACGCCACCGGAGACCUGGGUGCUGGGCCAUGAAAUGUGCAAAGCAGUGCCAUUUGUUGAGCUAACAGUCGCACACGCCAGCGUGCUGACAAUUUUGGCCAUUUCAUUCGAACGCUACUAUGCCAUAUGUGAGCCGCUGAAAGCCGGUUAUGUGUGCACCAAGGCGCGUGCCAUACUUAUUUGCAUAUUGGCGUGGGGAAUUGCGGCCGUAUUUACCAGUCCAAUUAUUUGGGUUGCCGAGUACAAAUUCGUCGAGUACAUUGAUGGAUCAUCGGUGGCGGUCUGUUUGACGCAAGCGACCACCAAUUGGACUGUCGGAUACUUUUUGAUGACAAUAAUCGUAUUCUUUAUACUACCCCUACUGAUCCUUAUGGUACUGUACGCCAUUAUAGCAAAGAAUCUAAUAUCUAGCAAUGGUCCAAUGUUGCGUGUGAGACCGUCGAAACCAGAAUUGAGCUUAAAGGCGCGCAAACAAGUCGUACUCAUGCUGGGCGCUGUCGUUUUAUCAUUUUUCCUUUGCCUGCUGCCCUUUCGCCUGCUCACCAUGUGGAUCAUACUUAGUUCGGAGCAGACCUUCUUCGAGAUUGGCGUCGAACGUUACUACAGUCUAUUGUAUUUCUGUCGCAUCAUGUUCUACUUGAACUCGGGCAUCAAUCCAAUUCUCUACAAUCUGAUGUCGACCAAGUUUCGUAAAGGAUUUUUGCGACUCAUUUUAAGCACGUGGCAAAGCGCCGUCUCAUCAAUAACCUGCGGCCGCUAUAAACGCAUACGUGCACGUACCGGCACCAUAACUGGUUUGGCGACCAACACCAACACGAACACCUCGAAUACCGCCAGCAGCCAUGCGACCACGUCCAGUAUACUCUCACGUCAAUCUAAUCGCCGUUAUAGUGACGAUAUGGUCAACACUAAUUCUAGUACGCGCACCGUUACAAAGACACAAAUACAAAUACAAAUGCACAUACCGUGCGGCCCGGACAAUGAGAUGUUGGCGAUGUUGCAGAGCAGUGUAAGAGCCAAGCUAGGGAACGAAGUGCAACGCAAUGAUAGUAAUGUGUGUGCGAGCGGACGACGAAAGUCCACAACGAAGUGUCAGAAAAUGCAGUCCGCAAUGCGUGCUCGGGGCGAGUCGGCGCCGACCGGCGCUAGUAGACGUUCGGUGCAUGUCAGUUUCGAUGACGAAGAGGCUCAAGCUCCGGAAGAGGCUGCUACUCUAACUGUAAUCAAUAUCCUUAAUAGAAAGUAUUUAUUCCCCUGUACAUAUAUAUGUACAUACAUAUAUACAUAUAUACGACAAUGUGGUGUCACACAUCAACUAUUUACUUUGAUCUUAAUUUUCUUACUUUUCGUUAGUCCCAUCGUACUAAUUGCUACCUUCCGCAUGGAACGUUACUACGACGACACAGUGGUGGCUGUGUGCUUCACAUCAGCGGAAACAUUCUGGUCGGCAUUCUUUUUCGUCGCUUGCAUUGCCAUAUUCUUUUUGUUGCCCUUCAUCGUGUUGGUGUUGCUCUAUGUAGCCAUUGCUUACAAACUUUUACGUCGCAACAUUGACUUUCAUCGACCUACCACAGCCGCUGCGCAUGUACGCUCCACCACUAGCCUGAGCUCGGUUAUCUUGCGCCAACAAUCAUUAAACAAACUACCGCUACAGAUGACACGCAGUGACACUGAUAAUAACCGCAGCAGCGCUUUAAAUAUUGGCGCAAGCGCUCAACAGCUACGUACAGGUAUGCGGAAGCAUCGCAAGCAGGUGAUUUUCAUGUUAGUUGCGGUUGUCGCCAGUUUCUUUCUUUGUCUUUUACCAUUCCGUGCUUUCACCUUGUGGGUUAUCGCUGCAUCGACAGAGGAUAUCGCCGCACUUGGUAUUGACGGUUAUUAUGGGGUUUUGUACUUUUGUCGCAUAAUGCUCUAUUUGAAUUCGGCUCUAAAUCCGAUACUCUAUAAUCUUAUGUCAUCGAAAUUCCGCACUGGAUUUUGGCGUUUGAUUAUUUCCUGUUGCAACAAACAUAGAAAACAUCAGAUCGGACGUGGCAAUAGGCGCACGACUGCAACGACAACAACAACCAGCCGACAGCAAACAGAGGCAAAGCCACCACGAACUUACGAACAACGUCGUUUAAGAUUCAAACGCGAAUCAACAUUUGCAGUGAGCUCGUCCAUUUCUACAUCUUCAGGCACGGAACGGAGCACUAGCGUUACAAUAGUAGCAAGUCGAUCAGUUAUGGCACCACGAUCGGUGGUGGGUGCGGCAAUAGUAGAUAUAACCAGAAGUACUGUAUCAAGUGCAUGCCCUUUGGAAAGUGAUGAAAACGACAAAGAGGGAGAUCUUAUCACUUGAAUGUGGAAAAAUUGCAGUUGACUGUAUUUCCCUAUAUGCCCAUUGCAAAAUUUACUCUAUAAGUAAGACUGAUAAACCUCGAAGUCAAUAAUGAAUGCUUUCAAUUAAAAUGCUUUUGGUAAGAAGGGAGUUAUCUGUGGUCCAAUUAAGUACUUAAGCACAUCCAAUGUUGAAUUUUUCAAUCUUCCGCAAAGAUACGAUUAUAAGAUAUUUUUAGGAAUAACGUACAUAUGUACAUUCUUAAGUAUAUAAUAAAAGUAUAACUUCAGAGUAAACGAAAAUAAUAAAAUAUAGUGUUAUUUAAGUGGUCGUUAUCCAUAUUCAUCUCAAUAGUGGAAGAUCACAAGCCCAUUGGCUAUAAUUUAAC